CGGAACGCGUUUCUCGACGGUUGGUUUCGCUCGCACAGCACAGGAAACGGAAGUGGUGGCAAAACGUGCAACAUCCGGCGGCAAACCACAUAAAAAUAAAUACAAAGAAAAGAAACCUGUAAACACAAACCAAAAAAAAAAGUAGUUGAAUUAUAAUAAAUAAAAUAUUACCAAUAAAUAUAUAUCCUUAGUAUGUGUCUGCUUGUUGAUCAAAUCAGUAAUCAAAAUUAUUGCAAAUAAUUAAAAAACAUCAAGUGCUUUCGGAAGUUAUAAAUGUCUAAAUUAAAAUCGCGUUAAAUAUCGAUUACAAAAAGCCAAAAAGUUUGUGGAAACGAUUUCGGAAUCAGAGCCUCAGAAUAGAAAGCAAGGCAAACAAACGAUAUGCGUAUAGGCCAGGCCAAAAAGGACAAGAUAACAAAUCCCCCAGCAGCACUUAAGGCAUAAAUCUCAAACUCAAUCAACCAUUUUGGAAGCCGUGAAAGAGAGGGCAACAGGGCCGCUAGACAGAGACAAACGAUCCCAGUGGCUGGCCGCCUUUCAUCUGGAUAUUGGGACACAGAAUAGGGAUCAGGAUCAGAAAUUGGAACAGGGAUACGGACAGGAGCACCCCCAUCAGCAUCAUCAUCAUCCUGCAUGUCGAUUUCAACUGAAAUUGCGACCGCAGCCAAGGACAAACAAACUCACAUCGAAGGAGAAAGCUUUCAAGAACACAAAAUGGCCAGGCUCAUCGAGGAAUUCUGGCUUUGUAGUGCAUUUGCUGGCCAUUUGAAUUAUGGCCUUCUUCAACGAGACUCUGCCGUCGCCAGCCACGGUUAGGCUGAGCACAUCCUUCAACACAAGCCCGCAGAUCGAGUGCAAUCUGGUCCAGAAUGCGGCCACCAAUGGCGAUGCCAUCGAUGCCAGCGUCGACGGGAUUGCAGCCGAUUGAAGUGCAUCCGGUGCAGCAGGUGCACGCGCAUGCCACGCCCUCCGAUCCGCAGGAUAUUCACCAGGACCGGAGUCCACACAGCCAUCACGCCAAACUGCCACCGCUGGAACUGCUGGUGGAGAACAAGAUCAGCUACAGCAGCUACCAGCAGCACGCAAGGGAUCUCAAGAAUCAGAACCACAACCAGAACCACAACCAGAUCCACAUCCACAACCAGAGCCACAAUCAAAAUCGUUCCAAGAGGAGCUCCCUGAGCAGUCCCUCUUCCAGUGAGGAUUGCGUUAGUGCUGCCAGGGCUAGUAUCUUUGAUGACGCCGCCGAGAACUUUGUGAUCAACUUCCCCUCGGAAUCGGCAUCCUCGCAGCAUUUACUGCCUCUGUCAGAGACGGUUCCAUUGCUCACCCACAUCGAGGCCACGGUGGUGGACAAACAGCGCUCCAUAAGGCUGAAUAAGAAUAGUGCCUCGCUGAUAUUUACCAAGAAGGAACUGACCCAGGGAAACCAACAUCAACAUCAUCAUCAUCAUCACCAGCACAAUCCUCACCAGCAGCAGUCGAGGCGUCAGCACCACAGCAGUUUGUACGGCGUUGGCAGGAAGCCCACCAAGCACCUGCCACCCACCAGAGGUCAGCACCAGAGGCGCAGUCUGCCGCUCAGCUAUAACAACAAUCUGGUGACCACAGCUCCAUCAGCAGGAGGCGGAGGCGGAGGAGUAGGAGCAGGAGCAGGUGUAGCCGGUGGAGCAGCCAAGCUUGUGCCGCUCAAGCAGCAGCAUCAGCACCACGGAGCAGGCCACACGGCAACACCCACGGCGAACGUCGUUGUUCCUGGUGGAGCGGGAGCUGCGGCUCCGUCCGCCCGCAAGCAGCUCUCCUACUCCUGGUACGCGCCCGUCUACAGUGCUCUCGAGGAGGAGCUGGAGCAGGACUCGCGGGACUCCUCGCCAAUCCACAAUCUGGCCAACACAAAGCAGCACCAGCGCUCCGCCAGCCAAAAGGCCUCCACCGUCCUGCAUGCCACGCCCCGCCACGACCACGCCCACGAUUCCGCCGACGCCGAGACGGUUGCGCUCCUGGACACGCAGGCGCGCGGCAAGAUCAUCAUUUCCUCGGCGAAUGGCGAUGGUGGCGGAGCAGGGGCAGGAGGUGGCAGCGGAGGAGGAUCUGGAAACGGAGGAGCGCUGGUUGCCAAUGGAGGAGGUGGUGGAGAUCUGGAGAGCUCACUGGGACUGUCCGGCGGUGGGCAGCUGCCUCGACGGCGUCGCUUCGAGAACUUUCUCAAAUCGCUGGUGGGACUCAAGGCGAGCAGCAGUCGCGGAGGAGGAAGUGUCUCUGGAGGUGGAGGCGGUGGCGGAGGAGGAGGAGCAGUUCCAGAGCGAGAACGUCCUGCCUCGCCGGAAAUUCGGAUCACCCGCACACCCUCCGAGCAGGAUGUGGUGCUCCGGAAUCCCUCUGGCCGUCAGUUAGCCAACGGCCAGGGGCGUGGCAGCCUGAGCAUCAGCGGUUCGAGCAGCUCCUUGAAUGUGGUCCAGCAGAAGAUCUGGCACAUCAUGCGACGCGAGGGCAGCGCUAGCAGUCUGCGCCAGGAGAAGUCACAGUCGAUUGUCCAGUACACGGGAUUGCGAAAGUGCGAAACAGUCCUGGCCCUCACCCGGCAAUCCCAAUCGCAUAAUCAUGUGCACGGCCUGAGCCAGAGUCGGAGUCAAGGACACUCGUUGGCUGUCCAUGGCAGCGGGAUCUUCAGCUCUGGAGGAGUGGAGCAAAUCCGGCCACUCAACCGACUGCGAAACAGUAUGAACAGCAUGAAUGGUGUGGGCACUUGCUCACGCUGCUCCAGCCUGUUAUCCCUGGCUGCCUCCGGAUCACGUUACUCCCUGUCCAAUGGCUUUGUUCCACGGCCGGAUUCGGCCUUCAAUCCGCUGGAAGCUGGAGCCGGAGGGGAAGAGGAGCAGCGUCGCGCGCAGGAGCCGCACAUCAAUGUCAAUGCCCAGAUCCGACUUAGCGGUGGAGCAACUGCCAACUCGACCAGUCCCAGUCCGCCGUCCAAUGUGACCACGGCCACGUUGCACUCCAGCUGCGGGAAUAAUCUGAAUCAGGAGCUGCUGCCCACGUCGACGCCCGCGACCACGCCCACUGAGGCACCCGGUGCUGGGGAAUUGGGACCCUUUGGCACCAAUCAUGCCUAUCCGCUGACCGUGAGCUCCUUGCUCUCCAUGGCCAGUGCGAAUCAGGCGGCACAGGCGUGCUGCGUUCGAGAUGGGAUUGCACUGAAGCGACGCGAGAUGCUGGCCUCCGCUGAUGUCACGCCCUCGCUGGGCACUCCGGCCACGCCCUCGACCACGCCCUUCCAGCCCUUCACCUGCAAGCUGUGCCUCAUCGACGUAGAGGAUGUGGGCGAGGCCAUGGCGCUCCUGCAGUGCGGUUGCCAGUUCUGCAUCGAGUGCAUGCGAGCCUACGUGGAGUUUGAGAUCUCCGAGGGCGCCUACGAGAUCUCCUGUCCGGACGCCAAGUGUCCGGCCCAGGGCGCCAUUUCCCUGCCCGAGAUUGCGAGCCUAACCACAACGAAUCUGCUGAAGAAGCACCAUCGCUAUCGCCUGAAUCGAGAAAUCGAAUUGGACAAGACGCGCACCUGGUGUCCACGAGCUGGCUGCGAGACCAUCUGCACGGUGGGCGGAUCGGCGCAGCCUGGCCAGUCCAGCGCCAUUUGCCAAAUGGACGAGUCGCCGUCGACGUCACAGAGCUACAGUCCGCAGCAGGAGGCAGCCGGAAACGGAAGCACAGGUGGCGCGACCGGAAACGGGGUAGCCGUGCUCUCGGUGUCCGUGCAUUGUCCCUCCUGCAAGGACGAAUUCUGCGGCCUCUGCAAAAAAGCGUACCAUCCGAACAUAAGCUGCGAGGAGUUUGGUCGCCGCCUGAUUGCCGAUGGCCAGGACGACAUUGGCAUACCCUUCGACAACGAGCUGAUCAAGUGCUGCCCCAUGUGCGCGGUGCCCAUCGAGAAGGACGAGGGCUGCGCCCAGAUGAUGUGCAAGCGCUGCAAGCACGUCUUCUGCUGGUACUGCCUGGCCAGUUUGGAUGACGACUUCCUGCUGCGCCACUACGAUAAGGGACCGUGCAAGAACAAGCUGGGUCACUCCAGGGCCUCCGUGGUCUGGCAUCGUGCCCAGGUGAUCGGGAUCUUCGCCGGCUUCGGGAUCCUGCUGCUGGUGGCCUCGCCGCUGCUGCUCCUGGCCGCGCCCUGCAUCAUCUGCUGCAAGUGCCGUGGAUGCAGCGGUUCCAAAAUCGACGAGGUGGAGGCCGAGCUGGAGGAGGAGGUCACCGCCUUGCAGGGCUAGGUGGCUAGGAUCUCCUCUCCUCUCAUCCCCCACCCAACCCAUCCCAAAACCCCCGUAUGCGACAUUAGGCUGCAGCCUGUAAAUGCAGCUGCUGUUAGAUUUCUGAUAGAUUCUAUUGUUAAUGACGACGACAAGCUUACGUACAUUUAUUUUAGUUAUUACAAUUAAAUUUGUAUAUGUGUUAACUAAAUUGUGAUAUUUACAGUGAUUCGAUUUCUAAUUGAAUCGACAAAUUUGUUGAGAACCUAUAUAAAGACAAGACGCCUUCGAUUCUUUUUUAGGUUCUGUCUCUACAUACAUAUAUUCUUUCCUCCCCCUAACUACACUUCAGAGUAUAUACUAUAUUCGCCUAAAUCAAUCUGUAUAAAUCGAGUAGGUCCUCUUCUUAGCGCAUAAGUUAGUCUAAAUAUAUUAGGAGUACGCCUCGUAUUUCAACAGUGCUUUUAUAUCGCACCCACCCAAACAAAAACAAAAACGAAACACCCCACUCACCCACUCAAUCCUUCUCUCAAGUAUUACGCAUGCAACUAACAUGCCCAAGAUCCUUUGGGCCACUUUGAUCAACUGCUUGGCAAUGCUUUUAUCUUCGCAUACGCAUAUAAACUGCAUAUAUUUAGGAGGUGUAUAUGAUGUCACUACUACUGUUUAUUGAAUGUAUUUAAAUGUAAAUGUUAAUACGCAGCUAAAACAAAUGUAAAACAGAUCGCCGCCCAGCUGGGCGGGGUUUGGUUAAUGUAAAUUAUUGAAUUAUUUAAUGCAUAUACACUCAGAACACAUAUAUCAAAAUACGUAUGACAUAAAAGUGCGUGUAUAUUUAAAGAAAACAUAUUUAAACUCUACUCUUAAUGUGAACAACUACCGCGUAUGCUGUUUGAAAUAAAAAUGUUAAAA